CCCCCCUCUGCCCGACUCCCAACCUCAAUGUCCGUCACUUAUUAAACCCAAGCCCGAGAUCUAUCAUCAGUUUAGAAGCCUCAAUUUGCGAUAGAUCGGAUGCUCAUCUGCUUGGAGCCUACUAGAUUCUCCUCUGACUUCCUGUCUCCUUGACGUUUCCCUUCUUCCGAGGUCGCGUCUCUCUUCCACCACUGUCGCACGACACCACAUUUCCCGUGUGAAAUCAAUUUACCCACCUCAACAUGGGCCAACAACAGUCGUCAGAAAAGAGCUCGGGCUCAAGAUCAGGCACUCCUCAAGCAGAAAGAGAUCGCAAAAUAAAUCGAAGAGUCUCAAUUCAGGCGCUUUCUCAAGGCCGCGCCACGCCCGUCGACCCGUCUGCCACCAAAGAUACUGCGGUUGCGCAGACCACUACACAACACUUCGACAAGCCAGCCUUACAACAAUAUCUACAAAAUGCUUCACCCGAAAAUCAUGCCAGAGGCAGCAAGGUAGAGAGGUCGGCCUCAAGAGCCUCUCGCGACAAGAAGCAUGAGCUGGAACAUCGGCCACGACAUCAAGCGCCCACGGCGGCACCCCAAUCAUCGGGUCCUAUGGAUGUCCCCAUGUCUAAGAGCAAACCAGACUCGGCCGACGAACACACUACAACGUAUCAGGACCGCCGAUAUACUCCUGUCGCUCAACUUCGUCCUCCACGUCUUCCUCUUCCUAUUGCCGAUGUCCCAAUUCCGGAGUCUCCAACCUUGCUACCUGUCGACAAAGGCAAUUCAGAUGUCCCCAUCUUCGAAACAGACGAGCCGCUAUCGGCGGUUGAGCCUCAUCCCAGAAGAAAAAGCUCGAUGAUGAGCACUAAUACCGAGUCAGAAGAAGAGGUUGGUGAAGAACUGCAACCCUACGCUGUUGACCAGACCGCCGCUCACACAUUGCCUACCGUCAUCGAGUGGAAUCAUGGUGGACAUAAAGUCUACGUCACGGGUACAUUUGCCAAUUGGGAAAGAAAAUACCGGCUUCAUCCAAGAAAGAAUGCUCCCGGCAUGUUCACGAUAAUAAACCUGCCCUCCGGCACUCACCACCUCAAGUUCGUGGUCGAUGGUGAGAUGGUUACUAGCCCUGACUUGCCGACGGCCGUCGACUUCAACAAUUUCCUCGUCAACUACAUCGAAAUCGCGACCGAGGACCUUGCAAAGCCGAGACGAGAAAGUGCCCAACCAGGCACCAGAGCGACGGCUCUUACUCCCGAAGAGCAAGAACAAGGCCACUCAGGGGUACAAACACCAGUCGAUUCCGAGAUGGAAGAACCGCAAGCCGAAGAGAUUCCCCCUGGCGACUACCGCCAGCUGAUUCCCCAAUGCUUGGUCGAUGUCGAUAUGCCCGAAGACACCGACGAAUAUAAUAAUGCAGUCAAGCUCAUUCAAGAAGCUCCUCAGCCACCAGCUUUGCCGCUUUUCCUCAACAGGUCGAUUCUCAACGGGAUUCUGCCAGUCAAAGAUGAUAACAGCGUCUUGACAUUGCCGAACCACACCGUGCUGAAUCAUCUCAUGACCAGUAGUGUGAAGAAUGGAGUUUUGGCAACCAGUGUGACCACCCGGUAUAAGAAAAAGUAUGUGACCACGAUAUCUUUCAAGCCAGUGCCUCGGUUUCAACAACCUGCUCAAUAAAGCCGGCAGUCCGAACUCGACAGACUAUUCUGCUUAGCAAAGCCGGUGACCUUUUUCUUUCGAAGCGGGGUGUUAGGUAUCUUUCGGGCUUAACGAUAUUAUUACUGAACGGGUUGGCGGCCCAGCCAGUGCGGGACCGGCGAUGGAAGGAUCCGUUCACCGGGAUGCUGGCUAGAGCAGCAUAGUAUACCCCUUCAUGGUCCAACCCAAAUCAAAUCAAUCAUCUCUCCACGCAACAUGCACAUCAUCCGUCCGAAAUCGUUGCGUGCAUGUACUCUCUUCAAGCGGUGUUUGAAAACCAGUCUCAUACGCCAGCAGUCCUGCAUGCGCGAUCAUAAUGCCGUUGUCAAUACAGAACCGCU